GACCGCUUGGCCUUGCGCUGUUUCUCAGCCGGAAUUUAUGUCUUUUUGAAGAUCAUGUGAAGGGGAAAGAGACGUGAUGUGUUUUGGCACCGUCCAAUUUCAGCAUGGAUCCUCCUCAAUCUCACACUUUAAACACCGAGGGGACACAGACGCUGACAGCCAUGACGACAAUCAACCCGCAGACGCUCGCUCCUGAAUCCAAUGCCUUUGGCUACUAUCAAAACAUGUGGAAUCACCCAAAUAACUAUUUCCCUUCAAUACAAGGAGGUCCUUUCUGUUAUCAGAAUGAGGGAGCACAGACGGUGGCAACAAUGGCUAUGCCAAGUACACAACCAACACAAUCUCUACCCAUUCCAUACUGCACAGAGCGGCAGGAUAACCUGCAGAUGCAAUUUGCUCAACCGCUUGCAGGUGACAUGACAGCCACACAGCUUCAGUACGCCAACUCCAUCCUCCCACAGGGCGUGGCGCAGGGCAGCGGUCCUCGCAACCAAUCAGAACGCAGCUUGAUGAAAAACAGGGAGGCCGCACGGGAAUAUAGGAGGCGGAGAAAGGCUUACGUUCAAGGCUUGGAGGAACGUGUGGCAAAGCUUGAAAAUCAGAAUAAGGCUCUGAAGGAAGAGCUAAAAACCUGGAAAGAAAUGUGUCAUCAUAACGGCCCUUGAUAAGGUUGUCAAAGUAGCUGCAAAGACUGUACAUUUUCAUUUAGUUAUUCAUUUAUUAGGAAACAAAACAAAAACUGCUGCUAUCAGAGGAUGCCAAGGAAGGAAGCUGAACAUCUUAUUGACACAUUGUGGAGCAACAAGGGCUUCAUAUCUUGCUGAAAAAUAACUGAGACAGGUCUGAUGAUGAAGCUGGGUUGAAAAGCUCACAUAUUGUACCAGAAUAGAAAAUUGCACUGUGCUGGCUCACAUUUGCACUAAACUGCUGUGAAUAAUCGUGUUUUUAUAAGAUUUCCAUCCCGAUGUAGAAAUUGUUGCUAUACUAACACUGAAAUUAGAGAAUAUCAUUCAUCCUGGUAACUUUUUGAAAGUCCCACUAGAUUGCCAGGGUAGGCCAGUUAAUUGAAACAAACCCGACCAUAAAUUUGUCUUCAGUGCCGGUUGACAAAUUGUCUCAUGCUUUUUUGACCAUUAACGAUUUUUCACAAGUCAGUUUCCAUCCCAUCCUUGGCCUCUUCAAUUUCUUCCUCUUAACUCGUCAAACUAUUUAUUUGAGCCCAACCUAACUCAUCCAGAACCAUCAGUGGUUCCGGACCUUAGUCAGCUAUCCAACUCCAGUGGCGCCGACGUCAUCAGUGGCCGGAUUUACUACAGAUGCCGCCCUGACCAUCUUAAGUGCCGGUUAAAUAUCGUCGUCCUGCCUUGCCAAAGCCACCGAUUGAAACGCACAUUUUGAGCCAAACCCUGAAGAGCGGCUCCCUGUAUUCUCUCACUUCCUGGAUACUGGACCUCUUGAAUCAGAGAGUCUUGAUUAACAACAGUCUGACAUGUUUACUACCUCUACGGGCUCCUCACAGGGCUUUGUCCUCUCACCACUGUUCUUCAUCCUGUUUAAGAUUUAAUUGUUCUUAGAGUGAAUUUUAUUGUUUUUCUGUAAUUGACUGGGUGACCAGUCCAGGCUGUGCACCCUCUCCUGCCUGAAGUCAAGUAGAACAGGCUCCCAUCUCACCAGCGGCACUACUGAGGAUAAGCAGUAUCGAGAAUGUAUGGAUUUAUUUAUUUUUUUUGGUAUUGGAACCGGUACAAUAGAAUGGACGAUGCUUUUUAAACUUGUGUCAAUAACUGUGCUGCUCUCUGCUCCCUUAAUUGCCCCACGGGGAUAAAUAAAGUUUUCU